GGCGAGGGCAGUAGUGAGCGGGCAGGCAACACGGCAGAAUGGAAGGCUCCCUCAUCCUUUCCUUGUGCUUUCUGGGGCUGGUGUUCACCGCCGCCACAGGUGCGAGUCGUAUUGUGUUUCCUGUUAGUGUGACUCUAAAGGAAGGGGACACCUGUACCUUGCAUUCAGGUGAGCCAGGCAGGUGUGUGGACAUCCGUCACUGUGACUAUACUGACGUGAACUUUCGCCAAAAUCAACCUGUCAGGUGUGGCUUUAACGGCAUAUUUCCUAUCGUCUGCUGUCCCACUACCUCGGGCAAAGGUCCCCAACCCAUCACAGAUAUAGCUCCGCCUAAGGUCGAAUUCGAUUGUACAAAAAAUGAAAUUAAUUUUCAUUUGACGGUGAAAAAACCUAUUGGCUUUUCGACCUUGGGAUAUCGGCCGCAAGGCGCCGCCGGGUCUGUCGAAGCAAAGAAGCACGCAUGGCCUUGGAUGGCGAUUGUUGGUAAACGACAGGGCAACAAUAUUAAAUGGGUCUGUGGAGGAGCACUGAUCAACGAACAUUGGGUGCUGACUGCCUUUCACUGCCAAUUCGAAGGGCCAGACGUGGUCCGUCUUGGUGAACAUGACCACCAAGACACUAACGAUGGGGCAAUUCACCAAGACUUUGGUGUGGCAGAGACGGUUAUGUAUCCUGGGUAUACCUAUCCGGAGGGCUACCAUGAUCUGGCUCUGUUUAGGCUGUCUUCGAGAACACACAUACAGGAUAACAUCAUUCCCGUCUGUCUCCCGUGGGGAGUGGAGAGCGAGGUGAACAUCACGGGACACACAGCAACGCUCACUGGUUAUGGAGAUACUACCUUUGGUGGCCUACCAACCACCUUCCUACAGCAAGUGAAUGUGACAGUGUUCUUGUCGAGCAAGUGUGACACUAGCUACUCCACCCUACCCAGCUACAGUACUGACUGGCCCCGGGGCAUCGGAGAGGAGACUCUGUGUGCGGGAGAUCUUGAGGGAGGGAAGGACGCUUGCCAGGGCGAUUCCGGUGGACCCCUGGUGACUAGAGACUUCAGGGGAAGGUUCGUGUUGGCGGGCAUCGUGAUGCAAGGUAACGGCUGUGGUAACAAAGACUUCCCAGGAUUGUACGUCAAUAUGCGCUACCCGCCCUACCUCGCAUGGGUUAAGAAUGUCGCCUUCUGAGUCUUAUAAUUUGCCGUGAAGUCAUUAUUCAAGCUGACAAACAAGGAAUCUUUCAAGAAAAUGAAUAAUGAAAAAAAUAUUAGCAUGAAAUAAAUCUCUGCUUUGUGUGAGAGUAUCAUAACGAUUGUGAUCAUGCAGCCUUUAUUUAAUUUGCCACUGGAGAACAAAGACUUGUGGUCACUUUCAGUACUUAUUACUUUUCUGUAAGGUAU